AAGGCCUUCAACUGCCAGUUGCCAUCUUGUUGGCGUUGAAAAAAAAAGGAAAGGACGACGCUCAGAACUUCGAGGAGGCGACGGCGGAAAUAAACCACAACCUCUAUUGUUUUAUGUUAAACGUGAUCCAGUCUGGCCAGAACAGUUAGCCACAUGAGUCCAUGGACUGCCUGCCAAUCAAUGGUCACGGUAUCGAUAGAGAAACUGUAGGUCUACCCGGGUCGAAGAUGGCGGACACCGCGGCGAGAGAAGACGCGUGCCGGGAGUAUCAGUCCUCGCUGGAGGACCUGACGUUCAACAGCAAGCCUCACAUCAACAUGCUGACCAUCCUGGCGGAGGAAAACCUCAACUUCGCCAAGGAUAUCGUCGCUAUUAUUGAAGCGCAAAUAAGCAAGGCCCCAUCUGCCGAGAAGCUCCCGGUUUUGUACUUAGUGGAUUCCAUAGUGAAGAAUGUUGGCGGAGAGUACCUUGCAGUGUUUGCUAAAAACCUAAUCACUUCAUUUAUAUGUGUCUUUGAAAAGGUGGAUGAGAGCACCAGGAAGAGUCUGUUCAAGCUGCGCUCCACCUGGGAGGACGUGUUCCCCCUGAAGAAGCUUUACGCGCUGGACGUGCGGGUCAACUCGGUGGACCCGGCGUGGCCCAUCAAGCCGCUGCCGCCCACAGUCAACGCCAGCAUCCACGUCAACCCCAAGUUCCUAAAGCAGCCCGAUGAGUCUCCCUCUCAGCCGGCUGCCGCUAACACAACGCCACCAACUCCGCCCGUGGCUCCGCCUCCUCAGCCGGUCCCUGUCGCCGCUGCCACUGCCGGCCAAUCCAGCCUGACCCAGGAGCAGCUGAUCAGACAGCAGCUGCUGGCCAAGCAGAAGCAGCUUCUGGAGCUCCAGCAGAAGAAGAUUGAGCUGGAACUGGAGCAGACCAAGGCCCAGCUGGCCGGUGGCUUCGUGGUCCCGACAUCCACUCACCCUUCCACCCCGGUGCUGAAGGCCGGUGGGCCAGCUGGUCCUGUGGUCCGUCCAUGGAUUCCUCCUCCGACUCAAGCAGAGGCCAAACUGCCCACCAGAGACCCCCGGCUGAACCGCAUCGCCUUCCCUACUCCCUCCCAGCCCAAAGAACAGCAUGCUGGGAAGAAAGAAGGACUCGCAGCGACCGCAAGUCCAGCAGCAACGCCAGAGAAAUCUGCCCGGCCAGACAAAGUGAAAACCCCGAGGAAAGAGGCGCCGGAGGAGAAGAAGUCCAAGUCCCCGUCUCCGAUGGCCAGAGCCCUCCAGACUAAAAACAAGAUGGAGGCUGAGAUCCAGAAGUCAGCAGACGGCACCAAGAAGGAUCCCCGGCUGAAGAAACGUCCACAGGACACGAGCGGCGAGGCCAUGGACGAGGAGCUGAAGGAGAAGAAGAGAUGCCCUGACAAGAAGGAGCGAGAGGAGGCGCCUCGGGGCCUCGACCCCCAGAGAGCCAGCAAGGGGAAGCUGGCCAACGGCUCUGCUGAGAAGCCCGAGUUCAAGGCCGGGGGCAAUGCCCGCACGCACGCCAGGAAGCGCUCGCCCAACGCCACCUCCCCCAAGAGGAAGGAGCGGCGCUCGCCCAAGUGGGGGGGCUCCUCGUCACCGUCCCACAAACCUGGUAAGCCCCGCCGGGUCGGACCGGACCACGGCAAGCCCAGUCGGGGGGACCGGCCCCCGCCCAAAAAGAACCAGUCGGAGGGCCGCAGGUCCAAGAGGCCAGCGGAGGACCGCCACUCCGAGUCCAGAGACUCCCACUCCCCCAGGAGCCACGAGGGAGGAGGCAAGGAGGCCAAGGAGGCUCCUCACCGCUGGAGGAGCGGCUGGGAGGAGAACAAACAUCCCAAGCUGUUGGAGGAGUCCCACGUGAAGCCGGGGCCUCAGAGACACAAACCCUAUGGGACGCCGACUCGCCCUGCGGCCCCCCGGACUCCCAAGCACCGCCUCAGCGUGGACGCCAACCUGCAGAUACCCGAAGUCCUCAACUCUGCCUCCAAGAAGGACCUGCUGAGACGGGCCAGCAAGCGCCUGGAGAGCGGGGAGAUCUCCCAGGAGGACUUCCUGAACAUGGCCCACCAGAUCAAACACUUCUUCCAGUACCAGGAGGAGAAGCAGCAGCGCUCCGACAGCUGGGACGACGACCUCCCCCCCCCCAGCAAGCUGCAGUUACUGAGCUCGCCGCCAUUGGCACAGACACCGCGGCCCCCCCGGGACGACAUGGACGCCGCCGAGCUGUCGUAUUACGAGCACAAGUCCAAGCUGAGGAAGACACAGGUCGCCCACCGGGCGGCGGGGGAGGAGUGGGAGGGCGAGGAGAGUCCCGAGGAGGGCGAGGAGGCGGGGAAAAGUACCGGGCACCCCAAAUACAGCCGGACGCAACGGGACCGGCAAGGCGAGAGGCGGAGCAAAGAGCACGACGAGCCGCGCCUCAUCGAGGAGUACAACCACGGGAAGGAGUUCCCCACGCUCAAGUCCCUGCCUGGCCUUCGCUUCAGGAGGAGGGCUGACCCCAGAGAAGCCAGUGAACGGGAGUGGAAUUCGCCGCUGACGGAGCGGCCGCGCUUUGACGAGCGCGAGGAGCAGAAGAGCGGCUACGAUGCGCCGCGGGGCUACGGCCUCCCCGCCGACAGCAGGCUGCCAGACCCCCGGAGGCCAGAUGGUGCCCCCCCCUCGGCCGUCGUCCACCGGAGCUGUCCCAGCCCGGUCGGGCCCGAGGCGGCGCCCAGGUUUGAACGUGAGCGCCUUUCUCCGCUGCACCAGAAGGACCCGGCGGAGACGAGUCCGAUCCCCCGCUUCGAGAGCCCCAACAGCGAGCACUCGGACGACGGUCCCCUCAACCUGGACAUCCCGCCCCCCAAGUCCAUCCUGAAGGGGCCUGCUCGCAUCUGCCCGCUAGCCUCUGUCUCCCCGGGUCACACGCCGCCGCAAGAUGGAGGACACCGGUACAACGGGCCGGGACACAUGGGACCUGCCAGACCGCACCUCCCAGGCUGGUACGAAGGCCCUGGGCAUUACGACGACUCGGCCCGGUUCGAGGGGCCUCACCACCCGGGGCCCGGCAGAUUCGACAGUGGCGGACCUCAUCACAAUAUGCCCCACAUGUCUCACAGUGUGGGCCGAUUCGACUGCGUCCCCCACCCUCAGGGCCCCGGAGGAUUUGACUCUUCCAUUGGUCAUCAACCCCCUAUGAGGUUCGAGGGGGCGGGUCCCGGACCGGGUCACUUUGAGGGCCCGAUGCAGCGCUUUGACUCGCCGCGGUGCUUCGAUAACAUGGCCCCCGGCUCUGGACCAAUGAGCUUCCAGCAGCAGCGGCCGAUGCGCUUCGAGUCCCCCGUUCAGCCGGGCCCCCGUUUCGACGUGCCGCAUCAGGGCGGGCCCCCGUUGUACGAGUGUUCCCCGGGCCAACAGAACCCGCUGAGGUUUGGCCUGCAGCCUUCCAUGAGGCCAAUGGCCCCGCCCAUCUAUGACGGCUCCAUCGCCCCCCAACAGAACUUCAAUAUGAACCCUCAGCGGUUCCCGGAGCCAAUGAACCCCCAGUUCCCCGCCGGGCCCAUGGCCUUCCCAGCGCAGAACCUGCAAGCAGCCGGGAACUUCAACAUGCAGCAGGCUCCGCCUUUCAGCCAGUCAGGCCCCGCCCCCUUCUACAACCCAGCCACUUCCGCCCUCGGCAUGCAGCGGCCGGCCAACAUGCUGGGGAACCACAACAAGACCUUCCUCCCUCAGAACCCAUUCCCUUUGGGACAGAAGAUUCAGUAUUUGAUCCCCCCGGAGAACCACUUUGGCCAGGUGGACGUCAACGACCUUCUGACCAAGCUCAUCUCCAACGGGAUCAUCAAGCCGUCUCAGCCAGACGCCACGCCGACGCCUGCCGAACCCACUUCCAUAGCUCCACUAGCUCCGCCCACUGUGGAGGAGGAGGAAGAGGAGGUAGAGGAGGCGGACGAUGACGACAUCCCCGACCUGACCAGCUUCACCGUGGACGACAUGAAGCACCGCUUGGAGAGCGUGGUGACCAAGCUGUACUCAGGGAACCAGUGCUGCCUGUGCAGCAUGAGGUUCACCGCGGCUCAGACAGACCUGUACGCAGACCACCUGGACUGGCACUUCAGGCAGAACCACGCGGGAAAGGUGGCCGGCAAGAAGAUCACGCACCGCCGCUGGUACUACGGCCUGCGGGACUGGGUGGAGUUUGAGGAGAUCGCUGACCUGGAGGAGCGCGCCAAGAGUCACUUCUUUGAGAAGGAGAACGAGGAGGAGGUCCAGAAGAGUCAAGCUGCCGCCAAGGAGAAGGAGUUCAUGAGUGUGAAGGCCACCAAGGACCAAGUAGGGGAGCUGUGUGAGAUCUGUCAGGAGCCCUUCGAGACGUACUGGGUGGAGGAGGAGGAGGACUGGUUCCUGAAGGACGCCAUCCGGGACGAUGACAAGAACUUCCAUCCCGCCUGUUUUGAAGAUUAUAAAAAUACCUCGUCCUACGUCGACGUCUCUCCGUCUCCCAGCAAGCUGCUGGCCGACCACCCGCUGAGCGCCUUUAUAAAGACCGAAGGGGGUGGGGAGCGCGCUUCCUGUGCCAUCACCGCUAACCCCGCCUCCUCGCUCAAACAGGAAGUGGAGUCUGAGGUGAGCGGGCCGCCCGAGGUGAAGCAGGAGGAGGUGCUAACGGACGGCUGUUAUCAGAACAAAGCGUGACCCCGAGGAGGCGUGUUUUUAGCGUGUCCUUUAACUUCAAUACGUUUUGGUAUUGGGAUGCUCGGACCUUUCUACGGUCUGAUUAUUUACAAGAAAUGCUUUUUGUUUCCUUUGUGGCUGAGAUGUAAAUGAUUUAAUUUAUGGAUUAAAGUAUUUUUGGUACUCUGGUGUAACGGUGAUUGAAUCCUAACCUGAUCGAUCGGUGCUAUCGGGGGCGUAGCUGCAAACGGUAAGCAUCAUCUGAUUGGACGACCGAGGCUGCAGGAAUGUUACCACCAAGAAGUCUUUUCCUUUUUUUUCUUUUUUUAUUCAAUAAAAGUCUGAAACUCAGUUUGUCAACGUGAUUGUUCUUGGAGGCUAAAAUAAAAGUUUAAUGACCUUAAAA